AUGGAUGACGAUACCAAGGAUGAUAGCAACCUUAAUAAUUUCGUAUCCCAAUUGAAUACCUUAAACAAGCGUUUCGUCAUAAAGUGCUUCAUAACGGAACCAUCCUUGAGCCAUUAUCUCUUUACCGUGUCCUCCUUCCCCCCUUCUGAGCAGCUGAUAAGUUCCUUCAAGGAGACCUGCAAGAUAUCGUCCUACUGCUUCGAUAAAUGCGUGAGCUACCCGGAAAAAAGCCUGAGCAACACGAACAAGAAGUGCAUCUGGAAUUGCACACAGAGAUACGUAGAGUGUGACUACUUCAUAAAAAAUCGAUCGAAAGAUAACUCGGAGCUUUCAAAGGUGAACAUUCUGGACGGGGUAAAGAAUUCCACGAUGUUGACGAAAGGGAAGGAUAAAUCUACCUCAUUAUAA